AUGGUGCCGUUUUUCAGUCCGUCGCUUCACCGACAAAGACACCAGUUUGUUAUCGACUUUGUCAAGAGGAACAGGCCCAGAAAGGUGGCAGACUUGGGCUGCUGUGAAUGCAGCCUUCUGAAAAAGCUCAGAUUUCACCGGGAAAUUGAACUGCUGGUUGGAGUGGACAUUAACGGAGCAAAAAUUAAAAAAAAGAUGCAUGGAUUAGCUCCGUUAACAACUGACUACCUGCAGCCAAGUUACAGUCAGCUCAGCAUUGACCUGUAUCAGGGCUCGGUCACACAAAAAGACUCUCGCCUCAGAGGAUUCGAUUUAGUGACCAGUAUUGAGCUCAUAGAGCACCUGCCUCGUUCUGAUGUGGAGCUCUUCUCUCAGGUAGUUUUUGGCUACUUGGCACCAUUGGCUGUUAUUGUCAGUACCCCAAAUUUUGAAUUCAACCCUCUUUUACCCGGGCUGAGGGGUUUCCGUGACCGUGACCACAAGUUUGAGUGGACCAGAGCCGAGUUCCAGUCUUGGGCUCUGGGUCUGUGUGUAAAGUAUGGCUAUGAGGUGCAGUUCAGCGGUGUUGGACUGGCGCCGUUGGGCCGGCAGGAGGCUUACGGAUUUUGCACUCAGAUUGGUGUGUUUCAGAGGCUCAUUGGAGGACAGCGCCCUCAUGUGUUGCCCAGUGUAGAUAAUGAUGAGGAGUUCUCGUACACACUACUGUGUAGUAUAAAGUACCCCAGCUGGUGCGACAACAAUAUCUUGACGAGAUUCUGCUGAGUGAGGUGUUUGUACUGGACUGAACAGCUGAAGAGAUGCUGGUUGGAAAUGGCCAGUGAGGAGAUGAAGGCCUUCCCGCUGUAUCUGUUGAGGGGGAGAGGAGGAACUCUCUCACUGCAACAACCUGAGGCUGAAUGUCAGAGAGGUCUGAUGUUUGCAGCUUGUGGAGGAGGGAUCAGGAACCCCAUGAAGCAGGAUGAUGGAGGUGCUUCAGUGGAAGAGGUUUAUUGGACAGCGGAUGGAGGAAAAUGGGAGUCUGCAUCACUGUCCCAUUGCACUUUAAGGAACAGUGUGAGGUGUGUGUCUGUACCGCUGGCUACGAUCUGGUCCUGCUGUCCCAAAGUGCGCAUGUUGAGUGGAAGUCUUCAUAAUCUCAGAUGUCUGCUGCUGGGCAACCCUUCAAUUGAAUUUAGCCACGAUGGCUACGCUGUGCAAGUGAAUUUACAGGAACAAGAACAGGAGGAAGAUGAGGCUGAUUAUGACUUGGAUGGUUGUGGACUCUGGACAAACCUGAGCCAGUGUUCCCACAGCGCUUUGCAAGAGGAAGACUGGGAGGCCAAAAUCUGAUGUUAAGGAGAAAAAAAAUGAAUGGUACAGCUCCGUUCUCAGGACAACUUGGGUAAUAUGUUUCUAGUUGCGAAUUAAUGAACACGCUGCUUGUUUUUUUUUUUCUCUUUUUUCCUUCUUUUUUAAUGAAGCUCUUCAGGUUCAUUAUGUUUCAUAGUGUAACAGAUACAUGGACUACAGGUCUGUGAUUUGUUAGAUGGCUUAUUUAUGAAACACCGUCAUUAAGGUUUUUCAAAUUGUGAGCAGUGUUCAUACAGAGUGUCAGCUUGCAAUAAAACUGUAAACAUUGGGAUUUAUUUUCUUAUAAAAUCCCCUAACACAAUGAAGAUUUUAAGUUUUAUUGAA